CAGGCUGCCAUCAUGGACUCGGACGACGAGCUGGAAUGGUCCAUUCACGACCUGGUACACGCUCCCGAGCCACCGUCGGGCGCACGACACCAGUCCCACUUGCAACCAUCCAAUCCACACGCGAGUCGUCGGCACCUGCCGUUUCGAUCGCAGUCGCAGUAUAUGAACGCGAGUUCGUCACCAAGAUCACGUUCACGAAGCCACGACGAUUCAGCGGCUCCCUGGAACUCCAACGGUGGACAGAACAUUGCUUCCGGCAUUCGGCCCCGUCUGUGGAGUCAAAACAGUUCGAGUUCGACUCUGUCCUUGCCCAUGUUAAAUGCCUUGCCGCACUCCAAAUCCGAUUCCAAUUCUCCUAACGAGAGCAAAGAUGCCUCGUUCCGCAGAGUCGCCUUUGCGAAAGAUUCCAAUCGUCGACUGUACGGUUUGGAACGGAGCAGUAUGAGACAGCUACCCGAAGAUUUUGUCGCCAGCGAACUGGAGGAUUUUUCAGAAAGGAAAGAGGAAGUAGAUGCGUACGAUGUCGUACGCGGCGACGUGGAAUCCGAUCUUCAGAAACGGAACCAUCGAAGCCGCGUAGAUAGCCACGGAGGUGAAUCGUCAAAAGCAUCGGAAGGAUUUACAGCUAGUGACGCCAGCUUCAACGAAGACGACAGUGAGGCCGGCCACGACCGGGAAGAUGUCAACGAUUCCAACGGUAGUAUCCCAAUGGAGAGCCGCGUUCCGUUGGUCGUGUUCGGUUAUCGACUGCCAUCUUGGAUGAACAAACGACCAAGUUGGAAUCGGAUUGCUGGCUUCAUCGUUACGAGAGCGCCAUGUUUUUGGUGCUACGGCUUUACACAACCAACGGACCGCGAAAUCUUGGCGCGUCUCAAUCUGUUAAGCUGCUUUAUUGCCGUACUUCAGAUGGCAUCUUGUGUUUGGCUUGGUUGGGUUUCUUUGAGCGACGGCCUGGUGGAUCGAUCCGUCGAUGUUACGGAGAAUCUGGGCACGAACGAAACAAUUCCCGCGGAUUCGCAGCAGCGUAUACAAAUCAUUCUCAACUUUUGGAACCUCAACGGAGCCGUUUACGGCUUGGGCAUUUUGGCCUUUAUCAUUUUUGUAUCGGCCAUCAUGACGGUCCGUGUCAUUCAGAACGUUAACCUCAUGGGCGCCAUUCGCUAUUUGUGGGUUCUCUUGUGGAUGGCACCCUUCGAGAUUCUAUUCGUCAUUGGUCUGUUCGACUACUUUAGGGUUACGGAUGUGUGGAUUAAACACUGGUGGCGGGACAAAGCCAUGGCAUGGUUUCGAUAUUUCUUUUGUAGCCCGCAAGAAUCUUUCAAUACCCUUUGUGCCGUGCCGCUAAUGUCACUAGCCGAAGAAGUGGAUUGGUGCCUCUUUCAAUACAAUUCCACAGCUUGUACAGGAAUACGCAAUAGAGCUCAGUCCAACAUGGAACAGUGGAUGCUUGCGUACUACUGGAUCAACGCAGGUGUGGGUUUGGUUUUGAUUUGUUUGGUAGGUGUCAUGGAUCCUGGAUGCAGCGCCUACCAUUUUAUGUUUCCUAACCACCCGUCUUUUGUCUUCGUAGCUUUUGUUAAACAUUAA